AUGUGUAUCCUGUUAUUGAAUUUCGGUGGUGACCUGUCUGAUUUAGAAACCAAGUUUGAUCGGGCAAAAGCUCGAGAGAACCACCCGACUGGUUCUGGUUCCUGUUCGGCCAUUGUUAAGAUGGCCCCAGGAAACAGGGACGUUUAUUUUGCGCACGCCACUUGGUCGGACUACAGCGGCAUGAACCGGAUUCUCAAAAAGUACCAUUUUAAUUACCACCGAAACCCCAUGUCCAAGACAUUGAUACCAGGCAGGUCGAUAGUAUUUUCUGGCUAUCCGGGCAAGAUUUUCUCCUACGACGACUUUUGUCUUAUCAACACGGGCCUCGCUGUAAUGGAGACAACGAUUGAUAAUAACAACGACGAACUCUGGAAGAAGGUCACCCCUAUCGACACCGUACCAACCUCAAUACGCAACAUGGUUGCAAGCAGACUGGCAAUAACGGGAAAAGACUGGACCAACAUUUUUGCGAAGUUCAACAGCGGCACUUACAACAAUCAGUGGAUGGUUCUUGACUACAAACUUUUCGAUCCCACGUCUAAAAAACUUCCAAAGAACUUGCUGUGGAUUCUUGAGCAGAUGCCGGGAUACACCAUGUCGAAAGAUGUUACAUCUGUGUUACAGAAGCAGGGGUACUGGGCAAGCUACAACUCUCCGUACUUUCAGGAAAUCAUCGACAAAAGCGGCUUCCCUGCCUUGGUAAAGAAAUACGGGGACUGGUACUCUUACGCCAAGACUCCGCGAGCCCUUAUCUUUAAGAGGGACCAGAAGAAGGCGGUAGACAUCUCUUCAGUUAUGAAGCUCCUAAGGUACAACGACUUCGUGAACGACCCAUUGUCUCGGUGCACCAGCUGCGAUCCCCCGCACAACGCGGCAAACGCCAUUUCAGCCAGAGGCGAUCUGAACCCAGCCAACGGCACCUACCCGUUCAAAGCCCUGAGUCAUCUAGCUUAUGGAGGAACCGACGCUAAGGUGGUGAAUUCGGCGCUCUUCUGGAGGCAGCAGUUCUACGCAGUGAGCGGCCCGACCUGGGACGAUCAGCCGCCGUUCCGUUGGAGCACGUCGGGGUUCAACAACGUCUGCCACGUGGGACACCCGGACCUCUGGAACUUCAAGCCUGUCUUGGCACGCUGGGCGUUAUGA